AUGGUGGAUAAAUUGCACGACUACCAAGGCUUCACAGGACGUCUCCAUGGAGCUCGUGAUAAAUUGAGUGAAAAGUGGUCGGGCUUCAAGCAAUGGAAAGAUGAAAUCCCGACAAACCAAGGCAUUGCGGGAGUUGUUAACCACUUUCGUAAUCCACCUAAAUUAGAACGGACUUUGGAAGACUACUCUCAUGUUUACAGGCAAAAAACACGUGGUGAACUGGUUCGAGUCUCGGCAGCAGUGAUGGGGAUUGAAUUUUCCUACGCUGCAGAAACGGCCUUUGUGUCGCCAACCUUGUUAAAAAUUGGCGUUGACCAUCAACAUAUGACACUAGUCUGGGCUCUGAGUCCCCUGGUAGGAUUUUUCGUGACACCCGUUUUAGGAAGUGUCAGUGAUCGCUGUAAAUCUCAUUAUGGUCGAAGAAGACCCUUUAUUAUUAUCCUGGCGAUCGGAGUUUUUCUUGGGCUUCUCCUGGUACCCAAUGGUGAGAAAAUGGGGUACUCAUUCGGAGACCCUUUACCUUUACCUAAUCAUACUAGUCCACUAGGUCAUCGAUUGACUGCUAAGACAAGUAAAUCGCUAAAUGAAAGUCAACCAGCAGUUCCAACUUCUUCACACUCGUGGGGAAUUUUUUUCACCAUUUUGGGAACUGUAUUACUGGAUUUUGACGCUGACGCUUGUCAGAGUCCUGCGAGAGCCUAUCUUUUAGAUGUUACCAUUCCAGAUGAUCAUGCAAGAGGGCUAAGUACGUUCACAAUAAUGGCAGGACUUGGUGGAUUCAUGGGAUACGGGUUAGGUGGGAUAAAUUGGGACGCGACAGCCAUUGGAGUAGCUCUUGGUGGUCAUCUUCAUGCGACAUUUACGCUGAUAACAAUAAUAUUUAUAAUUUGUGUAAGCUACACAGUGACCAGUUUCAAAGAAAUCCCUCUCUAUAUGCUCGAGCGAGAUGAGUUUAAGGCUAUGCAAGCUCAGCUGGUGGACAGCCGGAGGAAAAGUGAGCAUGACAAAAUAGCUGAUGAUGAUUGCGCUUCCUAUGGAACUCUUAAUACUCCUGGUGAAGCUACUGAAGAAUUUAAUCUAAAACCUCUGAAAGUUGAUCCUCCAAAGGAGUUAGGAUCAGUGCCGAUGGUGCCGGAAAUAAUCCCUGAAAUAAUUGCAAAUGAAGAUGAGAUUGAUGUAGAUCCCAAAGCAACGCUCAGAGAAUACUUAAUGUCGAUUGUUUACAUGCCGCACAGUGUCAAAAUGGUUUGUCUGACAAAUUUGUUCUGCUGGAUGGCUCACGUCUGCUACUCGCUCUACUUUACUGACUUUGUCGGCGAGGCUGUCUACGGCGGGGAUCCAAAAGCUCCGGAGGGCUCCAAAGAACGCGAAUUAUACGAAUCUGGAGUUAGAUUUGGUUGCUGGGGGAUGUCUAUGUACUCACUGUCAUGUGCCUGCUAUUCUUUAGUUAUUGAAAAGUUGAUCCAGCGAUACAAGGCUCGGAGGGUCUAUAUUUGUGGAUUAUUGUUUUAUAGUUUAGGAAUGAUGAUGAUGGCUGUGUUGAAACACCCAGUAGGUGUGAUAAUAUUUUCCUGGACUGCAGGAGUUAUGUAUUCGACGUUAUUUACAAUGCCGUAUUUAUUAAUCGCACAUUAUCACAAUUCAUCCACGUUUUCAGUAACUGCAGACGGCGAAGCAGUACACAAUGAUAAAGUACGAGGACUAGGUACCGAUGUCGCAAUAGUAUCAUCGAUGGUAUUCCUCGCACAAUUUUUACUCUCUUGUUGCCUUGGUACGAUUGUUAGUAUCUCGGGUACUACUACCGCAGUUGUCGGUGUUGCUAGUACACUUGCUGCCUGUGGAGCAUUAUCAGCGACCCAAAUAAUAUCGAUCAGUCAUAAUUUAUCUCACUGUGCUAAUAAUGAAGACACUUCUUGCGACAGCAUAGAAAUUGGAGAUGAUUCUAAUCCGAUUGCGGAAAAUUUGAGUUUCCAGGCAAUUGAUCUUGCCUAUCCGCGACAUAAUCCAUCAAUAGACUUUAAUUAUUCCGAAAAUUUAAACCUUGCGUCUGACCCAACAAGCAACAAUUUAGUGAGCACAAAUUUGGAGAUACAAAAUUCUUCCUCUAAUUUAUCAGGUCAAAUAAUUCCAUUUCCGAGAUUUUCUGAUCAACUAAACGAUGAAGAAAAUUUAGCAAGUAAUGGUAAUUUGCCAGUACAAAUAAAUUCUGAACAUGAGCUUGAUAAAAAACACAAAUGCUUGACAUGCAAUAAAACUUUUGCGCAAAAGUCGAAAUUAAAAACUCACGAAUUGUCUCAUACUGGCGAGAAACCAUUUCAGUGUGUCAAUUGUGACAAAGCUUACACUUCAAAGAGUAAAUUAAACGCUCAUAUGAGAUUACAUACGGGAUCUAAUGUUCAUAGGUGUGAUGUUUGUCAAAAAACUUUUUCUUAUCCCUCUUAUUUGGUAGAACAUUUAAAAACUCAUAGUAUUAAUAAUAAAAAUGAGAAUAAAAAUAAUGGAAAUAUUGACUUGAAUUCAGAAAAAUUUGAAUGUUCAAUUUGUGGUAAAAAAUUUCGUAUAAAAAAAAAUUUACGGCUACAUUUAAAAUUACACAGUGGAAAAGAUUUAUUUAACUGUGAAAUUUGUGACAAAGUAUUUAGUCAAAAGUAUAAUCUUAAAGUUCACAUGAGAAUUCACAAGGGAAUAAAAAUUCACAAGUGUAAAUAUUGUAGCAAGUCUUUCAGUGAAAAGGGUAAUUACAAAGAACACUUGAGAAUACACACAAAAGUUAAGCCGUUUGUGUGUAAAUUAUGUAAUAAAGCUUUUUCACAAUCUAGUCACUUAAAAAAUCAUGAAGCUUCUCAUGACAAUCAACGACCUUAUCAGUGUCGAUUGUGCGGUAAACGGUUUAAACUGUCAUCACAUUUAAAAAGACAUGUUAAUUUACAUACGUCAGUUAAAAAUUUUAAAUGUAUGCAGUGUGAUCAAAUGUUUACUCAGGCCUUCAGUCUUAAAAGACAUUUAAAAAAACAUAAUGAUGUUACUUAA